AUGCUGGAUAAUAAUUUCUCGGAAAAUCAGCUACGUAGCUAUCUAUCAUCACUUCAAAAUGAGAUUAAAUCUUCAAGCUGUUCGGUAGAAAUAGUAUCAGAAUUUCUACGUGGACCAUUGGAUUUUUUUGAAAACAAAAACUGGAAAGGUCCUUUUCCAAAUCGACAACUGCAUAAAUAUUUUCUUACAAAACUCUAUUCAAAGCAUUUAAGUUUUAUACUUGAAAAUAUUAUAAGCAAUUGGUUUGAGAUUCUUACUAGAUCACAACAGCAAAUGCUAGUCACUGAGUACUUUGUUCCUUCAGGAGAAAAAAGUUUGCAGAAACAAACAAGAGCAUGCAUUUCUUUACAAGUCCUUGUAACUCAUUUUUCUGUUUCUAGUCAACAAAAUUCUCAUCUUGAACAGCGACAGCAAAUCUAUUUGUUGAUGAUAAUAAAAAAAUUUUUAGUAUCACUUUUUAAUACCUAUUCUAUAAGCGAUUUCUUUGAUGCUAUCUUGAGUAAUGAAGAUAUAAAUCUCAAUGAAAGGUUUCCAUACUGGAAAGAAUUUGUGAGUCUUGUUUGUUCUAUACCAGAAAGGACUGCAAAUUUAAUGGUUUUAAACCAAAAUCAAGUUUACAAUUCAAGAUCACCAGAGGAUGAUGUUUUAAAGGGCGCAAUUGAAGUGUUUGUGUUUGCUUUUGGUGAACUAUUCUCAAAGAUUUGUAGGAUCGGCCAUUCAAAAAUCCUUGUUCAAGCAAUUUAUCAUUUUCUAGUGAGACGUCUUCAUCCUUCUGUUAAUAGAACCUAUCAAGAUAUUUGGCAUCGAGUGACUGCAUCGUUUUCUCCACAUAUGCUAGAGUCAUUUAUUACCUCUUUAUUACUCUAUGCCCAAAAUUGUGAUCUUUCAAAAGUUUCUACUCCAGUUUCUAUGGAUGAUCAAUCUCGACAUUUGAUUCGUAAAAUUGCUAAAAUAUUAAUGUUGUUAACUGGAAAUAUAAACAAUGAAUCUAUAUUGUUUUUGAUUAAAUACAAAUAUUUUGUGGGCGGAAAAUCAUUUUCUGUACCUAUUUUAAGAGUUUUAUGCUGCUUUUUAUGUUGGAGAGGGCUUCAAAAGGAGGCAAAUGAUGAUGAUAACCUAAAUCUAAAGCCGUUAAUAAAUGAUGAUCUUAUUAAUGUCCUCAAAACUCUCAUAUCGUCCUGGUCUGACCCAACAUUCGUUAAACAUGGAUCCAUUACUGAUCAAAAAUAUAUAACAAGUGCAAUUCUCAUAUUAUUCGGUUAUCUUCCCAAAGAAACUCUAAUUGAUGCAGGAAUCACCAGAGAGAUUGUCUCUGGUGUAUCUCGGUGGUUACAGAAUUCAUCCGAAGAGUCGCGGAAAUUAGGAAUGAUUACUGCAGAAACGCUUUCAAGAUUAACUGAUGAAACUGGCAACGUAUUGGAUUUUGAAUUAAAUUCUGAAGACGAGAAUGUAAAAUAUUUAAGGCAAUUAGUAGAAGUCAAAGAUGGACUUUUGGAUUUGCCAGAUAUUGAAAAUGAUGAUAUUGAAGAUCAAGAAAACACAGUAUCAAAAUCUGAUCAAAUUGUGGAUUUUUCUGAGAAAUAUUAUAAUACUGAAAUUCCCAUCGAUAAAAAUAUCAAUUCUCAGCCUGUAGAUUCUGAUGAUGAUGACGAAUUUGAACCAUAUCCGAUGGAAGAAGAAAGUGAAAAUGAGGAGGAUGAUAAGUGUGAACCACAAACAAAAAAGAAGAAAGUUCUUCCUCCAGUAUACAUAAUUGAUCUGCUAUCAUAUUUAAAAUCUUCUGAUGAUCUCGAUAAGAUAGAAGUAGCGAUUAAUACUGCCGCGAAAUUGAUUAGAGAUAAAACGGGUUUUGGAAUGGAAUUGGAUGACCAUGCGGAUGAAUUGGCAAGAAUACUUAUUAAUUUACGGGAUACUUUCGAACUUAAGAAAUUUGAUGAAAAUAGACAAGCUGCAUUGAUUGCUCUUGUAUGUGGAAGUCCCAGGAUCACCGUACCGUUUAUCAUUCAACAGUUUUUCGAAACGCGAUACUCAUUAUCUGACAAACUCAUGAUCUUGUCUGCAUUAUCAUCAGCUGCAAAGGAAUUAUCCGGAAUACGGAUAGAAGAGAUAAAGGAUAUACCUGCUAAAAAAGAGAUUCCAUCGAUAGAGUUAACUACCCAAUCAACAAGUGAUCUUGGUUUAAUAUCUAAAAAUACCUUAAACGGUCCAACUUCUGAUAAAGUACGUUGGCUGUCACGAAGACCAAAAGUAGAAUAUGCACGUCUUAAUUCAACAAAGAAGAACAGAUUCAAUGAAUUAGCAGCAAAAACUUUUUUUUCCCCUUUAUUAGCAGGAUUUUGGAUAUGCGAUCAAGGUGAAAUUUUAUAUGAGCCAGUAUUAGUGCACAGAUAUGUGGUAACAUUGGCGAUUUUUGUUCAGUGUUCUAUAAAUACUGUCGAUCUUAUACAAAUUGACAGAGAAUAUUGGGAUUUAUUAUUAUCUUUAAGAUAUAAUGAUGAUCCAACUGUUUUAUCAGCAUUAUUAUUUGGUAUCAAUUCUAUAUUGAAUUCAUUAUCUGAACGUGAAUUGGCAGAUGAUUUUGGUAAAGAAUUGGUUGAAACUCAACAAUGGAUUAAUGCACUCUUAGAAAAUCAGAAUAAUGAAAAUAUUCAGCCCAUGGCAGUUUGGAUACUGGCAAAAAUCCAAGGGAUUGUAUCAAACUAUCAAAGAUUACUAUUAGGCGAUUUAUUGCCAUUAACAUAA